GGAAGACUUCCUAGCAAUCCGAUGCCGCACGUCGGCAAUCCGACGUCAACUAUAGCCGCGAAGAGAAGGCAAAAGCUGCAACUACCGGCCACCCUCAAAAAAUGGUGGCCGUGGUGGUUGCUGCUACCAGGAUGUUUGGCAUCGUGGACGCGAUACAUCGAGGAGUACGACUCCAUUAGAGUGGCCAGGUGCGACGCCCGAUGCGGAGAGAAUCGUCCUGAUGAGUGCGUGGAAAAUUGCUUGGCGUCAAAUUACACGAAACCUGGUUAUUGUCCCGAGAGAAUGUCCAUGACGCCCUUCGAGGCCGCUUGCUUGAUCGCCUGCGUCGACGAUUCCCGCUGCGUCGACGAUUCCCGCUGUCCGGAUCUAGCGAAGUGUUGCUCCCACGAUUGCGGCAUCACGUGCAUGCAUCCCAUCGGUUUGGACAGUCGAAACGAUCUGCCAGCUGUGCCCGAAAAUCUGCAGAUACAACAGCAAAAGAGAAAUCUUGUACUUCUAACUUGGCGCAUCGGCAGACCGGGUGUCAGCAACGUAUCUGCCAACUACAACGACGGGGAUGUUCGGUAUCUGGUCGAGGAGCGUCAUCUGGUCGGCCCCAGGUACAUGGAAUCCAGAUUGAGUUCCUGGACUGUAUGUCACGUGUCGACGAAGCCGCACGCGACCCUCCGAGGUAGGCUGAAAACAGGACACUGGUAUCAGUUUCGUGUGGCGGCUGUCAAUGGAAAUGGAUCGCGCGGAUAUUCACAGCCUUCCAGGCCCUUUAAAACGAAAGAACCGCGGAAUCCGAAGGAACCGCAGAACUUGACUUUGUCCAAUGCGCGGCUCGUCGGUGGAAAGCUGCGCAUUAAUUUACGAUGGAUUAAACCAGCAUCGGAUGUGCCGAUAUCGUUUUACAAGGUGUUUUGGAGCAGAUUUAUCCAUGGACCAACGAACGAUUCUAUUCUCGUCUAUCACAAGACGAUUCUUAAAGAUAAGAACUGCUACGAACUGAAGAAUUUGGAGCUCAAGUGUCAGUACUUCCUUCAAGUGCAGGCGAUGGCGAUGUACGGCGGUCGGCGUCUUACCUCGCGCAAGGCGUCCAAGGUCUUCAACAGCACCGAUUACAUGGCAUACGCCGACGUCGGGAGACGUUCUCGCAGGUGCGAACGGACGCAGGCCAGCCUCCAUGUGCGUCGCAUGAGAUGCCACUGUGGAGAAGUCAAGGCGCGUUUAGUUUGGCCGACGAGCAGCGAUACUAGUAUGUAUAAUGUCACUUGGCAAGAGGAGUCCUGUUCACGUAAGAAAAGCCUAGAACGUCAACGGAAAUCUACAGCUUGGAAAAUGGUUCAGGGAUCGCACUAUGAUUUACGACAACUCCGAAACGACUGUAUGUACAGCGUGAAUGUCCGAAACAUACUGAAGCACGGUGGCAGUGUCGGUCAUGGGAGCAGCAUAGAAUUCUUUGCAACUGGAUGUCAGGACGAUCAGAAGAAACGAAAAUAUUCGCGGGAGAAAACAAUGCGAUGUAAAACGAAAUUGUCCAGAUCCACAAAGCAUUUUUCCGGUUUAUUUGUGAUAAAUAAAUAGAGAUAAAUAAAUAUUGGCUGCAUUUAUACGAAGCAAACGAAUUGUAAGCUAUAAUUGUAAUAUUUACAGCUCAUGGAUAUUUUAACAAAAAGUUUUUCAUAGCUGCUAAAUAUUGCUUUAAUAUCUUAUAAUUCAAUUGUACUUUAUGUGAAACAGUUACAUAAAUCGUAUUCGAUAAUGCGGUGUUGUAAAAACUUCAUGAACCAUUUUAUACGUUUCAAAAUGUAUAAAAUAACAAAAUAACAAUAUAAUAAUGUAUUCAUUAAAAACAAGCUGGACUUUUAUUGUAUAUUACAUAUAAAUUAAUUUUUCAAAGAAAACAC